AUGGUUCUUAAGUCGAAGUCCGUGGGAGCCUUCCUGCUGGCACCCACCGCUACGGCGACGCUUUUCACUAAUGAAUCGUCUGGGGCACUGUUCCUCGGCAAUGACCGUCUUGUGUCUUCGGUGAACAAAUCCACCGGUGCUGUUGACUACCUGACGCUCGACGGUCAGGACCUCCUAGGCUCCAAGAACUACAUCGAGAACACCCCGGGCGGUUCCUCCGGAAAUGGCCAGUCGGGCAUCGGGCCAUACCUGGAUUGCUACUGCAUACCCUCGGGCACUUACACACCCGGCGGAGUCAAUGCUACAUAUGAAUCAUAUGAAGGGGCCGACUCGACUGGGACACGGUGGGGCGGCAUCGUGAUGAGCGAGUUGUAUCCGCCAACCGGCCAGAUCUUCGAGUCAUACUGGUUCCUACGUGACGGCGAGACGGGCCUGCACACCUUCUCACGGCUAGCAUACUACAAUGAGACCACGCCCUUCCUCAGGAACCUGCAGGAGUUCCGCACGUUGUUCCGCCCGAACACGCCGCUGUGGACAUAUCUCGUCACCGACGAGUCGUUCCACGCCCCGCUGCCGUCCCCUGACCCUGCGAGCGGCGACAUCACAAAUGCGACGACGGUCCAGGAUGCCACCUGGUACAUUGGCAAUCGCACCGACGAGCCGUACGUCGAGCAGAUGAGCGACUACUACACCAAGUACACCUUCCAGGCCGUGUGGCGCGACCACGAUGUGCACGGCAUGUUCGCAGACGGUCGGUAUAGCGUCGACAAUUUCACGUAUGGAGCCUGGGUGGUCAUGAACACAAAGGAUACGUACUUCGGUGGCCCCAUCCACAGUGACUUGGUUGUCGAUGGCAUUGUCUACAACUACAUCGUCUCGAACCACCACGGCGAUGGCACACCCAACAUCACGCACGGGUUUGAUCGCACUUUUGGACCGUACUACUUCCACUUCAACAAGGGGCCCGUCGGCGGUGGCUGGGCUCCCCUAUACGAAGAAGCCCGGGGGUUCGCCUCGCCAGCAUGGAACGCACACUUUUAUGACGACAUCUCGGAGCACGUCACCGGCUACGUGCCGACUUCGGGUCGUGGAUCAUGGAAAGCACGAGUUCAGCUGCCUCGGGACGCCAAGAACCCCAUCGCCGUCCUCGCUCAAAACGGCGUCGACUUCCAGGACAACGUCGAAGACGUCUCCGCCUACCAGUACUGGGCGGACAUCGACCACUGCACAGGCAAGGUGCAGAUCGACCGCAUCAAGACUGGCACCUACCGCCUCACCGUCUACGCCGACGGCGUCUUCGGCGACUACACGCAGGACGGUAUCAUCGUUGCCGCAGGCGAUACCACAGACAGCGGCUCCGUGGUCUGGGAGGCCGAAUCGGCGGGCAGGGAGCUCUGGCGUAUCGGGACACCCGACAAGGCCGGCGGCGAGUGGAAGCACGGCUAUGCCAAGAACACGGCGGCGGCGCUGCAGCCGCCCGAGUACCGGAUCUACUGGGGCGCGUACGACUACAUCGACGAGUUCCCGCGGGGGGUCAACUUCCGCGUCGGGGAGUCGGUCGAGGCCGAGGACUGGAACUAUGUCCACUGGUCCGUGUACGGCGGGCACGCCAACUUCCGGCGCCCCGUACAGGAGGCGGGCCGCGGCGAGAUCAACAACUGGACCAUCUCGUUCGAGGUGGGAGAGGGCGAUCUGAGAGACCGGAGCGAGGCCACCUUCACGGUCCAGCUCGCCGGCGCCAAGACUGCUGCGGGCAAUACGGACGUCUACAAUGCGACGCAGCCGUACUCGAACAUGCCCUUUGUGGUAGUCGUCAAUGGGCAGGAGCUGGAACCCUGGGUUAUCCCAUACUACCACUCGUCCUCUUGUGCCGCCAGAAGCGGUGUCGUCUGUUAUCAAGUCGCCAACAAGUUCACGUUUCCGACUAACUACCUGGCGGCCGGCGCAAACGCAACAAACGAAAUUGUGCUCAGCCUGCCGUACAAUGCGACAGACUACGAAAGCGCGCUAUUGCCUCGUAGUGUUUAUGUGCAGUAUGAUGCAUUGAGAUUGGAAGUGAAAUAA